AUGGCGUCUCUAGCUAAAAAUCUAAAAAAUUUGACGCCAAACGUCAGACGAGCUGUCAUCUCUUGGGAUAAAGCGGAGAGAAUCCGACGGAACGAGGAAAUCUUCAAAAACGCUGACAGCAUUGUUCACCGGCUUCCGGAGCACUACAAAAAACGGUAUUGGGACACGAUUUUAUCGGACAAAGCUCCUGUUCAUUAUCAGUAAGUUCUAUUUUCUGUAACUAAACCAGUUUAGUGGUUUCAGGCCUCCGACUAGCAGAUUUGCUCACGACUCGAUCAAAAACGUCGAAUUGGAGCUUGAAGAGAACCCAAUCAUUGGUAUUCAGACGCCAGAAAGCGAUCAAGGCUUGUGGGGAGGUGAAAGAGUCGUCAAAGGAUGGAUUGAGUCGGAUCCGUACACGAAAAAAAAGAUUCUACCGAGGUAUUGGGUCCCAAAGCUUUUCUUCCCUGCUCUGAAAACUGUUGUGCUCCAUUCCGAAAUUUUGGACAAGUAUAUCAAGGUUUGUGAUGAAUUUCUUCAGAAUACAAUGAAAAGAAUUACUGAAGAUGUGCAAUUUUCAGGUCACUGUCACCGAAAGAGCAAUGCGAUUAAUUGAUGAGCACUUCGGACUUGAUUUCUACAUUCUGGAGACCAGAGAAAUUGACCUGGACUCGAAAUUCGCCAAUUCGUACGUAGUUUGACACUCGAUAUACUUUUAUUCAAGUCAAAUUCCAGUUUGAAACGUGAAAUGCUGCUCACUUUGGCAACCGAAUCAUAUUACGAGGAGGACGACGAAAAAAAGAACUACAUCCGUCAAAAGUACGCCCAAUUUGUGAUUCCUGAAGAAGAAGCCGAAUGGAUCGGCUUGGAUUUGAACGAGGCCGCCAGGAAGCAGCAGGACAUUGAGGAUUCGGCUGCGCCGGUUCCUUUGAAGUACAGGUAGGCGUAAAAUUUCAUUAAAAAUGUUCGCAAAUGUCCAACAUCUUUUCUCAGUUUGGAGCAAGCCCUUGUUCAACGUCUUCGCGACGGCCAAGACGAUAUCGCGCAGGAGCUAGAGAAUCCGGAUGCUCCAGUGCGGUCAGAGUCCAAGUUCGGAGAUAAAAUGUUUGGAAAGUACUUGAAUCCUAUUGGACAGAAGCUCAGAAAUGCCACGAGAUAA